ACAGCCUGACUCCUGUCAGCUGUGAAAGUUCUCACACCUGCUGCUUCACAAUAACCACUGAGCGACUGUUUGAUAGGGCACUCUCGCUGUCUGUCCACUGACAACAUGGCUGGAAAAGUAGUGAUGCUGCUGUGUGUGAUGCUCCUCGUCGCCUUUGCAGGCGCAGAAGAAGAGAACUCUGGACUUUACAGAAAGCCAUCUUGUGUUGAUAUGGUGGAGAUUCUGGCUUGCCCUAUGAACUUGGCUCCUGUGUGUGGCUCCGAUGGCAACACCUACCCCAACGAGUGUGCACUCUGUGUCCAGAGACAGGAAACCAGAACGGACAUCUUAGUCAUGAAGGAGGAGAGCUGCUAGUGGGAUCUGACAUCACCAAACAAAUGACAUCAUCAUGACCAGAUAAUAAAGCAAUUGGCAAAUAAAGAA